UUCAUUCUGUUCUUGGAAUCCUCGAAGAGAGCAAGAAGGCAGGAAAACCAGGAACAAUGCUGCAGAAGUUCGUCUCUGUUGCAGUUUUGGUUGCUCUUCUCUUCUUCAGUGUCUCCUCUGCUCUCCGGGAGGGACAAACGUGUGUUGUGGAUAGUAACUGCGAUUCUGGGCUGCACUGUGAGACUUGUGUCGCCAAUGGUAAUUUGAGGCCUCGAUGUACCCGAAUUCGGCCCUUAAACCCCACAUCGCAGGUGAAGGGAUUGCCGUUCAAUCGGUACUCUUGGCUCACUACGCACAAUGCCUUUGCGAGGAUGGGUGUGAAGUCUGCCACUGGUUCCAUAAUUCUUGCUCCCACCAAUCAACAGGACUCCAUCACUGACCAGCUCAAUAAUGGAGUUAGAGGUUUGAUGCUUGAUAUGUAUGACUUCCUCAAUGACGUCUGGUUGUGUCACUCCUUUGGAGGUCAAUGCCUCAACUUUACAGCUUUUCAACCUGCCAUUAAUGUUCUGAGAGAGAUUCAACAAUUUCUUGAAGCAAACCCUACUGAAAUUGUCACUAUUAUCAUAGAAGACUAUGUCUCGUCUCCGAAUGGACUCACCAAAGUGUUUGACGCUGCCGGCCUAAGGAAAUUCUGGUUUCCAGUAUCUAGAAUGCCCAAGAACGGUGGAGAUUGGCCAACUAUCGAUGAUAUGGUUAAGAAGAAUCAACGUUUAUUAGUUUUCACUUCAAAGUCUGCUAAGGAGGCUUCUGAGGGCAUUGCCUAUCAGUGGAGAUACAUGGUGGAAAACCAAUACGGAGAUGGUGGGAUGAUCAAUGGUUCCUGCCCAAAUCGUGCAGAAUCACCUCCUAUGAACACCACAACAAGGUCACUAGUUCUAGUGAAUCAUUUUCCUAGCGGGCCUGAUAUUACACAAGCUUGCAAGCAUAAUUCUGCUCAAUUGAUGAGCACCUUAAACACGUGCGACGGUGCAGCGGGUAGACGAUGGUCUAACUUUGUCGCCGUCGAUUUCUACAAGAGGAGCGAUGGCGGGGGAGCCCCGGAAGCUGUAGAUGUCAUGAAUGGUCACCUUGUUUGUGGGUGUGACAAUAUUGCCAAAUGCAAGGCGAAUACGAAUUUUGGAGUGUGUGUUGAUGUGCCUGAGGCUGGUAUUGCCCCUGCACCUGGAUCAGUAGCACCUGGAUCAGUUGCACCUGAUGUCAACUUUGCUUACUUGGUCAGGAGACCAGUUCAAUUUUGGUGGUUGCUUGGGAUGGCUGUGGCACAAUUGUUCUUGUCACUGUGAUAUUGAUCUUAUAAAGUGUGUGUUCUUUGUGGCUUUGUGCACUACCUCACAAAGGGAUAAAGCCUAUUCUAACCAAUAGAUUGACAGGCAAUAGGAUUGCACUUGAUUUACAAUUCAAUAAAGCAGAAUAUAGCUUUUAUUCCAGCCUUUCUGUGUUUAGAUUCAUGUGAUUUACAGUACAAUAAAAUGGUGGUGGUGGAUCCUUUCUGGAACA